AGAUUUUACUUUCCUGGAGGCAGACAGAAGUGAAUGAGAUAAGGUCCUGAGAACUUGUGUGGCUCCCCCCGAUUCCAGAACAGGUCUUUGAGAACUUGAUUCAUGAUCCACUGGAAAUAGACCCGUUCCCCUAGCGGGGCAGUGGCUGCUCCGCUGAACUCGUGCCAACUUCCCGCUGGCGUCCAGGCAGCAGGCAGGGAGCGGCGGCUGGCACGGAGACUCCAGGCUGACCGCAUGUCUGUGUCCCCGCAGGGAAUGGAGAGGCCGGCAGCCCGGGAGCCGCAUGGGCCGGACGCACUGAGGCGCUUCCAGGGGCUGCUGCUGGACCGCCGAGGCCGGCUGCACGGCCAGGUGCUGCGCCUGCGCGAGGUGGCCCGGCGCCUGGAGCGCCUGCGCAGGCGCUCCCUGGUGGCCAACGUGGCUGGCAGCUCGCUGAGCGCAACAGGCGCCCUCGCAGCCAUCGUGGGGCUCUCGCUCAGCCCGGUCACCCUGGGGGCCUCGCUGCUGGCGUCGGCCGUGGGGCUGGGGGUGGCCACAGCCGGAGGGGCUGUCACCAUCACGUCCGACCUCUCGCUGAUCUUCUGCAACUCCCGGGAGCUGCGGAGGGUGCAGGAGAUCGCGGCCACCUGCCAGGACCAGAUGCGGGAGAUCCUGAGCUGCCUGGAGUUCUUCUGCCGCUGGCAAGGCUGCGGGGACCGCCAGCUGCUGCAGUGCGGCAGGAACGCCUCCAUCGCCCUGUACAAUUCUGUCUACUUCAUCGUCUUCUUCGGCUCACGUGGCUUCCUCAUCCCCAGGCGGGCGGAGGGGGACACCAAGGUUAGCCAGGCCGUGCUGAAGGCCAAAGUUCAGAAACUGGCCGAGAGCCUGGAGUCCUGCACGGGGGCUCUGGACGAACUCAGCGAACAGCUGGAGUCUCGGGUCCAGCUCUGCACCAAGUACAGCCGUGGCCACGACCUCAAGAUCUCUGCUGACCAGCGUGCAGGGCUGUUUUUCUGAGAACAUCCUUUCCCCCUAAUGACCGAGGCCAGCAAAUCAUCCCCAUGGGAUGCUCCAGAUUUUGUAGCUCCCUUAGGAAAACACCACGCUGGGUUAGGAGCCGAAGGCAAAGGAUGAGAAAAACUGGUUUUGAAGUGGGUGGGUCCCCAGAGCCCUUCUUUUCCCAUCACUGUGACAUCUGCCUGGGCUUGAGUGCUACGGACUUUUCAGUUGUGUGAUCCUAGUGGAAGAAUGUGACCCCAAAACUCUUUUUCCUUUAUCAAAACCUUUCUGUCUAAACACAGCUGGGCAGGCACUACUGUUUGAAAGUUACUUCGGGGUCCCUGACCCUGCCCUGGUGGCCUGACCUGAGACUGGAGAGAGUGCCGCCCUCUGGGUCCUCUCCAAGUCCUACUAGUCUUUGAAGUCCUCAAAAUGCCCAUGAAAGAAGGCAUUUGCCUCUCUUCCAGAAUGUCUGAUACAAAGAACUGCAGAAUCCAGAGCAAAUCAGCCCUUCUCUAAACGUUGUAGGACGGUUCAGAACUCAGAGAGGGCCCUGGUGUUGACAUGUCCUCCUCUUCCCUUUCCCUUCAGCUUACCCACUCCCAGAUGCAGCCUGAGUAUGCAGUAGGCCUUUCCUGAGUGGCUCCCAAUCCAGUCCUCCAAGUACUCAGAGGGGAAGCCGGUUAAACCAUCAUCUAAGUCCUGUUCCCUCACAUGAAGAAGCUGAGGGCGGAGCGACUGCCAACUUCAUUUCCCGACAUCAUUGUGUUCAGAAGAGAGUGAUGGGUUGAGUUAGACAAUCCUGGGCUUGAGACAGGCUUUGUCACUACUGUGUGAGUGUAGCCACCUAAUCUGUCUUUGACUGUGUAAAACAAAGAUGAUAAAACCUCAUCCGGUUGUGAGAUAUUAAAUGAGCCAAAGUGCCUAGCAUAGUGCUGGCUCAUAUAGUGUAGUCCCUGGAAUGGCAGAUUAACACCACCCGGGAACUUGUUAGAAAGGCAAAUUCUUGGACACAACCCCCCUGACUUAUGGAAUCAGAAACUCUGGAUGUGGAGCCCGGCAACCUGAGUUUAAACAAUUUCUCUCCGUGGUUCUGCGGCACACUAAGGUUUGAAAACCACUGCAACAAAUGCUAACUUCUAAUCCCCUUGAUGAGCUUUCACGAAGUUUCGCAGCUUCUCUAGGGACUCCACGGUCUUCAGAGUCAUUCACAGAUGACCAAGGACAUACUGUGUCCCAGAAGCCAAAAUGAGAGAGAGCGCGCGCGAGCACCCGUAAGUGCAUCCUGAGGCAGUGUCUCACCGUGUGAACUAAGGGAUGUAACACUGUCAGUCCAUUAGAGGGCAGUGUUUCCCAUCUAUUGUAGAAACUGGUACAGAAAGGAACGUGAAGUUCCCGAAACUGACCUUUCUCUAUUAUUACCUUCUCUGAAAAGCGCCAGUCCAUGUAUUUUUUAUUUAUUUUGAGUUUGUAAUUUAAUUAUUGUUUAUUGUUUGCAUUUAAUUUUAUUUAACCACCACAUUUAGAAAAUAAUAAGAGCAAGUUUCUAAAUGGGAGACUGCUGAGGCUCUUUGCAAGAGAUGAGAUUAAGUUUGAGUUUCUAAGGCAGGGCAUGGGCUGGAAAUAGCAUUGCUGUCCUUGAAUGUCUCUCUCCUUCAGGGAGACUUUUAUUCUCUAGUGUUUUAAGUGAUCCUUUUAAGUAAGUGCGGAGAGUCUUAAAGAGCAAGACCAGGAGCUGAGUUUAAGCUUGUAAUGGAGGCUUGCAUUGUGGGAUAUAUAACUGAGGAAACAUAUUUAUCCUGAAGGUAGUUUACCAGAAGAUAACACUUGACCUGGAAAAGGAACCUAUUUAGUUCAGGAAAGAUAAAAAGUUUAGAGGUAUGUGAAGGAAGCACUUAGACCUUGCAAGCCUGGUGUCCUAUCAAGUUAUGUCUUAUGGGUGACAGACAAAAUAUCCCGUCUUAUGCUGGUGAUGUGUUGCAUUUUCACUUCGGGGUCUGUAAGAAACUGUCAGCGAAAAUGUAUACAAUUCCUUCAGUUUCCAUUCUUAACAACCGUAAUGUUGAAAAGUAAGUUGAAAAGUCUUUGGGACCAUA